UUGUUGGGAGUGUAGGUGGAUUUCUUGACUGAUCGGAUCAGCCGUGAUCCCAUUGAGUGGCAGAGGGGGGGUCAAGGGACUAAAUUCACCAGACGGCAAAUUGGUCUUUUGGUCAUUUCCCCUUUGGUCGUGUGUAAUUUGUCUGAUCCCAUCGCUUUGAAGGCGCAGUGAUUUUCACUCCGUUAUAAUGUCGCAGUGUUAGAAUCAUGACAAUAUAUCAACUUUCCCCGCUUCUUACUUCCAUCUUACAAAGGCUGGACUGUUCCUGAGAGCAGCAUGUUGAUUGCAAAAGCUCAUUCUGAAACCAAAAGUGUUUACCUCCAGAUAGUCUCAGUGGAAGAAAUUCUAAGCUUCAAUGUUCGGAAACUUCAAAGUUGCAGGUCUGCAGAGAACAGCCGGCAGUACAAGGAAUUCAAGGAAUUAAUGUGCUGCCAGAUUUGACUCGAGGUUAUGAUGAGUGCAAGGUGAGGGAGAUUAAUGAAUGGAAAUGAGGAGGUAACUCAGCGAAGGAGAUCGGGAUGACUGUAAAUAAGGAUGCACCAAGUGCCCUCUCACUGGGGAGUUGGGAACUUGAUGUUGGCAAUGAAUAUGUAUGAAUCUCCAGCUCUCCUCUCCGUGACGUCGCCGUGGUCCCGGGCUGCGCUAAUCUGUUGUUUCUCUCUCUCCCUUUAAUGCGGCGAGUAGUGGCCGUCUUUCUACAUUGGUCGUUGCGGAGAGUUUGCUAGCUUUCUCGCUCAUUCUUCCCACUCGACACCGUCUCGAAGGAGAAUCUCGGAGGAGGAGGAGGACAGAGGAAGGCGAAAAACGAACACAUACACACAACCCGGUGGCCGUCAUGCAGCUGAGAAUAGCGUGCGCGCAGGAAAGCGCUUUGAUUCUGCUCCUCGGCUGGCUUUGCAGCGUCCUUGCACACAGAGGACACAAUCUGGGGGUCAACAACGGUGACAAAAGAGUAAACAAACACAAGCCAUGGAUUGAAACAUCCUACCAUGGUACAAUAACAGAAAACAAUGACACAGUUUUUCUGGAUCCACCCCUGGUUGCACUGGACAAGGAUGCACCUGUGCGCUAUGCAGGUGAGAUUUGUGCUUUUAAAAUCCAUGGGCAGGAUGUGCCAUUUGAAGCUGUGGUGUUAAACAGAACAUCUGGGCAAGGUCUGAUACGUGCAAAGAGUCAAAUCGACUGUGAACUUCAGAAAGAGUACACAUUCAUCAUCCAGGCAUAUGACUGUGGAGCCAGACCUAGUGGAACUUCCUGGAAAAAAUCACACAAGGCAGUAGUGCACAUUCAAGUGAAUGAUGUCAAUGAAUACACGCCAACUUUCAAAGAGACAAUAUACAAAGGUGUGAUCACAGAAGGGAAACUGUAUGACAACAUAUUGCAGGUGGAAGCUGUGGAUGAGGAUUGCUCUCCACAAUAUAGCCAGAUUUGCACUUAUGAAAUUGUCACACCUGAUGUGCCAUAUGCUAUUGACAGGAAUGGCAACAUUAGGAAUACUGAGAAGUUGAGCUACGAUGAACAGCACCAAUACAAGUUUAUGGUUACAGCAUAUGACUGUGGUCAGAAAAAAGCAGCAGAAAAUGUAUUAGUUCACAUUGAAAUCAAGCCAGUUUGUAAGCCAGGUUGGCAAGGUUGGGAUAAACGCAAAGAAUAUGAGUCUGGCUCUGGCAGUAAAGUAUUGUUUCCCAACAUCCAUCUGGAGACCUGUGGUGAACCUGUUUCUUCUGUGCAGACCAGAAUAGAUCUUCAGACUAGCCACAUUGGAAAGGGUUGUGAUCGUGAUACUUACUCUGAGAAAUCUUUACAAAAAUUGUGUGGUGCCUCUUCAGAGAGUGUGAAUUUGCUCCCAGCACCCUAUGGUUUAUCCAACUGGACCUCUAGUCUCCUGCUGGACAGUGGGCAUGACAGUGAUUUGAUCUUUAGGUUUGAUGGCAAGCAUGCUGCAAAAAUUCCAGAUGGGGUGAUACCCAAAAAUCUCUCGGAUCAAUUCACCAUCACCAUGUGGAUGAAGCAUGGACCCAGCCCAGGGCUGAGAGCAGAAAAGGAAACCAUUCUCUGCAAUUCUGAUAAAACAGAAAUGAAUCGGCACCAUUAUGCUCUUUAUGUUCACAACUGUCGGCUAGUGUUUCUGCUGCGUAGAGAUUUUGAUCAAGUUGACACCUUUCGUCCAGCUGAGUUCCAUUGGAAACUAGAGCAGAUCUGCGACAAGGAAUGGCAUUAUUAUGUCAUUAAUGUUGAGUUUCCUGUGGUGACAUUGUACGUGGAUGGAGUGACUUACAACCCGUACCUAGUGACAGAUGAUUGGCCAAUCCACCCAUCACAUAUUGACAUGCAGCUCACUGUUGGAGCCUGUUGGCAAGGUGGGGAAAUUGUAAAGCCUCGAUUUGCCCAGUUUUUCCAUGGUAGUCUUGCUGGAUUAUCUAUACGUCCAGGCAAGAUUGAGAGUCGGAAAGUUAUCUCCUGCUUGCAGACUUGUAAAGAGGGCUUAGAUAUUAAUUCCUUGGAGAGUCUUGGCAAAGAAAUCAAGUUUCACUUCAAUCCUGCCCAGUCAGUCCUGGUUAUUGAAGGAGAUGACAUCGACACUGUAAAUCAAGCCAUGCAGUUGGUUGCAUACAUUAACUCAAGGCAGUUCCCAACUCCUGGUAUUCGACGUUACACCAUUUCCACCACAGUCCAGUGUUUUGGUGAGGAUACUUGCAUCAGUAUCUCGGACGUCUCUGCAUACAUAGUGGUCCUUCAGCCUGUUGAACCAAAGAUUACAAUUAGUGGGUUGGACCAUUUCUCCAGACCGGCAUCUGAGUUUGAAAACAACAGAGGUGUGAUACUCUUUCCAGGCCUCAGAAUCAUCAGCACAAUCCGAAGAGGGCAACAUGAAAAUGGCAAAGCCCAUCAUAUUGGUGGGCCAGAAGAGAUUGUUCACAAUCUAGAUUACUGUGAUAUUUUGAUCGUUGGAGAUGAACUAAAUUCUGAAGAAGAAUGUCUGGAACUGGAGCCAAUUGAGCUGCAUGGGAAACAUCUUGAGUUUACAAAUUCCACGUCUGGAAUGUCCAUUUAUGGGGUGGACACCAUGGCAAAUUACGAACAUGUUCUGCGUAAACUCCGUUACCGUAACUGGGAAACUGCAUCCAUUUUUGGUCGAAAGUUUAGGCUGACAUGCUCAGAGCUCAAUGGACGCUACACAAGCAAUGAAUUCAAUUUAGAGGUGAAUGUUCUGCACAACAUUAAUCUUAUGGACCAUGUUAAUCAUGUGAUGGCUCAGCCCCAAUUCCUCCAGUCAAUCCAUCAUCCGCUGCCUGAUCUUCCAGGUCACAACCUUAAUGCUGCUCAUAGUUCAGUGUUUAAAACUUAUUUUUCAGUCAUUCCCAGUGCUGCCACAAUUGUCAUUGUGGUAUGCAUUAGUUUCUUGGUCUUCAUAAUUGUUCUGGGGGUCUUCAGGAUCCGGGCAGCUCAUCAGCGCACUAAUCGGGAAAGCGAGAGUGGGAAAGAAAAUGAAAUGGACUGGGAUGACUCUGCUCUGACCAUUACUGUCAACCCAAUGGAGAACUAUGAAGACCAACAGCACAGUGAACAAGAGAGUGAGGAAGAGGAAGAAGGAGAGGAGGAUGAUAUCACGAGUGCUGAUUCGGAAGAAAGUGAGGAAGAGGAAGAAGCUGAACAUGAAGAAGAUCAGCAGGAUGUCACUAGACAGGAACAGCUUGAGUGGGAUGAUUCAACACUUCAUUAUUAAGAAACCUCUGAUCUUUCAAGUCAUCAAGCAAAAUUUUGAUGUCCAGCAAUGUUUGGUAUGGUCAGAAUUUUAUUUAGAUUGCUGUUGCUGGUAAUGUGUAAAGAACUUUCAGAUUGUUUUCUGAAUUCAGAAGCGACUUGCAAUGACAUAUCAUCAUCUGGGUCCAAGAGUUGACAUCAAUCAAUAGUUAUAAUGCCUAUCUUUCUUUUGUUAUAUCUGAGUGUUUUUUUUGUGGUUAUCUGAAUGUUCUAUCUUUGCGCCAAGAACUAUUAACGUUGUGAAAUCACGUACCAGUAUCUGUAACUUGAAAUUUUCUGAAGUACUUUAUUUAUUUGUAAUGAAAAAAUUUCCCAUUGGGUUAUGCUGACAUUAGAAAAAUGGAGAAAGUUUAAAAAUGAAAAGUCACAUUUUAUAUUUCACGAUGUAAAUACCAUGUUGAAAAUAAGUAAAAGAAAGCAGUUGUUCAAGUUAUGUCUGCUCCAGGGUUCAUCUGUUGAGAAAAAAAUCAAAUUCCAUAACAUUAUUUUACAGAGCUUAUGAACCACAAAUAUCUGUUUUGAUUCUAUUAAAAUAUGUAUGGAAUUUAAGAUUGCUAGCAGGUAACAUUUUGUUUGAGGUAAUGUACUUUCUUCAUUUGGUUUAGUGAGGCACAGUCUUCACAAAAAUAGUGCUGGACACAUUUUUAUUUUAAGGAGGAUCCAAUGGUGAACUGAGCAAUGUCUUUAUUUCAAGGCGAGUGAUGAAAUAAUUGUUUGAUGUGCUUUACAUUGUGACAUACAAAAUUUGCCAAAAUCGUUCCUGGAAGCUGGCAUGUUUAAAAAUCUUAAAACAUCAAUUAACAUGAGCAACAGUUAGAUAAGAAUUAAUAUUGUAUAUUUUGUGGUUUCCCAGGAUCACUGCAGCAAAACAAAUGUUUAACUGACCCUUCUGCUUGGGUGAUACAACAUGCCAUUUCACUUGUGUAGCCUGCAAUUUCAUGCAUCCUUCAACACUGAGGAUGCAAUUUAUGCAACCAUCUCAUUAGUUGGCUGUGAGUGUGAUUCGUACGUCUUUUCUCAUAGUCCAUUGGAUUUUAUGACACCUGUGGACUCCAUUAGCAUUUUCUACAACUUCAUCCAACACAUGGCGUAAAGGGGAUCAUCAUGACAGGCCCUGGAGUCUGAGAGCUUCAUUGAACUUGUAGUGGAAAAACGGGCUAAACACUGGAAAUUCAUGUAGUCAAGAGAACAUUCGCAAGCAGUUUAAGCUUUCUCUAUCCUCACUCGUAAAAAACAUGAGUAUUUUAUGUAAUGUCCCAGUGUUAUUUUCCAUUGCACUGCAAUGAUCUGUUAAUGUACAUACUAGUGCAACAGAUUUUCUCUUUUUUACAUGUACUAUUCUCAAUGAGUAAUUCUUUGAUUGUCAAUGAGCCUAUUAAUGUUGAUACGUACAAUUGAAAGCAAUAGGUAGCAUUGGAAUUGAGAAAGAAAAGUCUCAUCCCCAAAGAAUCCACUGCUUUCCAUUCAGUAAGAGAUGUGGUCUGCUCCCUUAAAUUGCAAUGAUUCAUCAAUUUACUUCAACGUAUAGUUGUUAAGCACGAAAGGGUGAUUUUAAUUAUCAUUAUUGGGGUGUUAAAUCAGUGAUAGAGCCCUUGUGGUGCAGUGGUAUUGUCCCUAUCUCUGAACCAGGAGACACCUAUCCCCCUCAGGUUCAAGUCCCACCUACUCCAGUGAUGUGUAAUAAUUUCUCCAAACAAAUUGAUUAGAAAAUAACUGGUAAGCCAGUGAAAUUUAAGUUAUGUCCAAAAUCUUUCGUAAUAGCUAUUCAGUAUAGUUGUUUGAGUAGAAAUACCCUUCAUGGAAGACAUGAUUGAUCACUCAAAAAUGUCUUUCACAAACACCCAUUAAUCUUUGUUGGAAUGAGCUGAGUAAACUGGAGUUCAUCCUAUUAAUCUCUGUGUAGAAUACAUUACUCUGUUAUCUUGAGAUUCUGUGGAUCACAAAUUUCUAGAACACUUUGGAAUGAAGGUGAGAUUUAAUGAUACUGACAUCUGACCUUUAAUAAACGAGGGUAAUUUAUGGUAGUUUCACUGGGGCUAUGAAGGAGUUACAAUGGGAGGCUGGUAAAACCGCUGCAGAAAUUGAGGGCCUGGAUGUUUUUGUGCAACAGUUUUCUUAUCUCAACUUAAGCAGAUUUGAUCUAGUUAAGUACAUGUCUGUAUUUUAACUGAUUAUGUCAACCUAAGAAAUAUUACUCAAUAGAGAAACACAGCAGGCGUGGUAGCAUCUGUAGGGAGAGAAAAACAGGUAUUGUGUUGAGUCCAAGAAAGAAUCAAAUUUUACUCAACAUGUUAACUAUAUUUGUCUCUUUCUAUUUUUGAUUUGGAAACAUCUGUGCAGUUUCAUUCAGUCAGUUUCUGGUACACUGCAAACCAUUUGCGUCAAAUAACCAGCCUGACUAUUUAAUCAUAUUUGUUUUGUUAUUUUUCUAUCAUGACCAAGUUGUCUAUAAUUCAUAAAGCAGAAGUACAAAGGGAUCUGAGAGUGUUGGUCCAGGGUUCUGUAAAAGUUAACUUGCAGGUAGAGUCUGUGAUUAAGAAAGCGAAUGUAAUGUUGUCGUUUAUCUCAAGAGGUUGGAAUAUAAAAGCAGCGAUGUGCUUUUGAGGCUUUAUAAAGCUCCAGUUAGGCCCCAUUUAGAAUACUGUGUCCAAUUUUGGGUCCCACACCUCAGAAAGGACAUACUGGCCCUGGAGCGUGUCCAGUGGAGACUCACACAGAUGAUCCCUGGAAUCGUAGGUUGAAUGUAUGAUGAACGGCUAAGGAUCCUGGGAUUGUACUCAUUAGAGUUUAGAAGGUUGAGGGGAGAUCUUUUGGAAAUUUACAAGGUAAUGUAUGGCUUAGAAGGGGUGGACGCUAGGAAGUUGUUUCUGUUAGGCGGGGAGACUAGGACCCGUGGGCACAGACUUAAAAUUAGAGGGGGUAAAUUUAAAACAGAAAUGAGACGACAUUUCUUCAGCCAGAGAGUGGUGGGCUUGUGGAAUUCGUUGUCACAGAGUGCAGAGGAGGCUGGGACAUUAGAUGCCUUCAAGGCAGAGAUCGAUAAAUUCUUGAUCUCACAAGGAAUCAAGGGCUACGGGGAGAGUGCAGGGAAGUGGAAUUGAAAUGCCCAUCAGCCAUGAUUUAAAUGGUGGAGUGGACUUGAUGGGCCGAAUGGCCUUACUUCCACUCCUAUGUCUUAUGUUCUUAUGGUCAUAUAAUUUACUGUAACUACCACCACCAGAAAUAUAAGACUAAACUUAAUUCUAUCCGUUUCCAAACAUCGAGCUAGUAAUCUUUAUCUAUUGCACAAUUGUGUCUAUCUUCAACUGGAACUAUAAGGUACUUUGCAUUAUAUUCAUAUCACAUCUCAUUUACUUUAUGGUUGCAGAAAAUUUCACUUAGAAAUUCAUUUCGGGUUCAUUUCUUGUUUAAAAAAUUAAGUGCAAGUAAAUAACAGUUGAGAAAAGAUUCUAACAUAGAACUCAAACUUUAAUGAAAUUAUAUAUUAAAACUAUCCAGUGUAAUCAGUAUAAUCAGUGAGUCUACCCUAGGUGUGAAUUCUAAGUUUAUGUCUCACAUUUAUAUUACUUUAAUAAUGUAGCCUUUGCUCUUAAAUCACUCAAUAUGUUCUAAAUGUUCAAUUAGUUGAUUAAGAAAUCAAUGCAAUUUAAGUUUAGUAGUGAUUUUAAAAUGUUAAGAUUGAUAUAAGAAAAACUAAAAGAACGCCAUGCCAUAAAAAUGUUUCUUGCAGUAAACAGGAAAUGGUAUGUUCAAUCGUUAAUGACUAAUGGCUGCUAUGUUCUCAAUAAGCAAAUGCUGAAAAUAAGUCCCCGUACAAGAUAGAAUUUAUGGCCUUCAAAAAAACAAAUUCAAACUAUUACUUAUUACCAUCUGAUUUAACAUUUGAUGUACACAAUAAAGUUAAAUGCAUAUAUAUCUGUAGAUAUGCAUGCACAAAAUAUCUUUCUAUAUUUGGUCUUAGAGACAAGCCAUAGAUUGAUCAUACAAGCUACAUCAAGCUAAUUGUCAGGAAAUUGGUUAGGACAUAGGAGUCAGAAGAUAGGUAUGUGCACCAAUUUGUAAGGAUGUAACUAGCAGUGUCCUCCGGGGAUCUGCACUGAGGCGUCAGCUUUUCAAUAUACUUAACAGUGACUUAUGUGAAGCAGUAGAGAGCACAUUUGUUGAAGAUGUGAAGUUAAGUGAUGUUGUAAAUGCAUGGGAGCAGGAAAUUGUAGGGAGACAGUUGUAGGUUAAGUGAGGAAAUGGCUCUGGAGAAGGUAAGGUUUGUGUGUAGGGAAAUAAAAUGCCAUUCACUUGGGAUCAAAAACAGUGGAUCGUACCAGUUUCUACUUGGAUUCGAUAAAAAGUAGUCACUCUGGAUGACAGAGAUUUCAAAGUUUAUGUAGAAAAAUAAAUAAAAGCUAGGCCAACACCAAAAACAGUCAUCAGUACUAGAACCACAGCUUUUUUUGAUAUAUACUUGACUUUCCUGUUAGAAUAUUAAGUAUUAUUUCAAAAUUUGCUGAUGAUUCCAAACUUGGAGGGGUGAAAAAUAAUAAGGAUGAUUUAAAUUGAUUGUAAUAAGGCAUAGGCCAGGAGAACGGGCAGACAAGUGGCAAAUAGAAUUUAACACGAAAAAGUGAAGGGUGGUGCAUUUUGGCAGAAGGGACAGAGAAAGGUAUCAUAAAUAAAAUGGCACAGUUUAGAAAGGUGUACCGGGGCAGAGAGGCCUGGAUGUGUAUUUGAAAUAUUCUGAAAGGUGCUUUAAGAGCAUGGUAAAACAAAGCAUGAGCUACUUAAAUUGAAGUACUGAAUGCGAAAAGUGGGGAAGUUAUAUCAAAUAUUGUAAAACACUGGUUUGGCAGCAAUGAUUGCAUCACGAAGGCAAAAACUGGAUGCUGGAGAUUUGAAAUGAAAACAUACUACUAAGGAAAAUGAAUAGGUGAGAGUAAGAGUUAGAUCAGAAUUGAAACAUUAUCUGUGCCUUUUUUCUCUCUGUGGAUGCUGCCAGUCCCGUUCAGUUUAUCCAGCACCGACAGUUUUGAUAGCUAAAUUUUUCAUUCAGGUAUCAUCACCACACUUUAGGAAGAAUGUGAGGGUUCUUGAGAAUGCAGAGGAGAUUUAUCAGAAUGGGCUUCAUAAUGUGGGAUUUUAACUAAACAAUUAGUUUUUGGGAACUAAAGUUAGUGUCCUCGGAGCAAAGGAGAUUGAGUGAAGAUUUGCUAGAGGGGUACAAGUCUAUGAUAGAAUUGGAUGAGGAGAAACUGUUUCCAUUAGCUGAUGGUAUGAAGACUAGGGGAUAUGGAUUUAUAGCUUUAGCAAGAGAGUUGUUAUGAAGAACAAUUUUAUGGUGCAAGUUGCAAGAACACAGUAAAUGUUGUGCACAAGGGCAGGCUCGGGAGAGUCAGUCGGCAACGCCCUUUUAAGUGGGGUUGUGUGAGGGAGUGUGUGUGGUUGGACUGAGUAUGGCAAUGAGAAAGGUGCUUACACAGUAACAGGCACUACUCAGUGUGGAAACCCAUUCAACCUCAUCCUCCAGCUCUCCCCUCUCAACACACAGAGGAAAUCUAGAUUGAAAAGGAACCUGUUCUGGCUACCAGAGAUAAGCUCAAGGGUGGUGCUAGUCAAUCAGAACUCUGUUACAUACACUCCACUUCCCAGGCGAUGAAGAUUUCAGCCAGCUCUGUUCCUGAAGUGAAAAGGUAAAGGAGAUUGCUCUGCUGCUUGCCACUUCUUAAUGGUCAUUGUUAUUAUUUGGUCACUUUAUAAAUGUUCUAUUUCUUUAUUGGUCAUCAAUUUCAUUUUGCUUGAAUUAUGAAUUAGCUUGAGUUCUUAAAAAUUCAUCCUUAAAAUAGUGCCAAACUAGAUCUCGGCAGCUGCUGCUGGGUUUCCUGGUGAAAGGGAAUGAGAGGCUCACAAGAAAUCUGAUUACUUUUUCAAGGGCUGGCAAUAGUGGUUAUUUUGGUUCAAGUAGAAAUGGGGAGUAUUGGAAAAGUCUGACAACAUAAGACCAUAAGAUAUUAAAACUGAAUUAGCCCGUUCAGCCAAUCGAGUCUGCUCUGCCAUUUGAACACGGCUAAUAUAUUUCUCAACCCUGCAUCCACUUGCCUUAUCCCUGCAACAUUUGACCCCCCUACUAAUCAAUGACUAAUAAAAAUGCUCAAUGACAGCUUUCUGUGGAAAUGAGUUCCAUAGAUUUGCCGUCCUCUGGAUGAAGAAUUUCUUCUUCAUCUCAGUUCUAAAGUGUUGCUCCUUCACUCAGAGGCUGUGACCUCAGAUUCUAGUCUCUCAUACUAGUGGGCACAUCUUCUCUAUGUCCAUGCUAUCCAGACCUCUCGUGUGCAGAGAGAAACAGGUCAGAACCCUUUGACAAUAGGAGUGAAGAUCAUGGGCUUGAAGCAUUUUCUGUUUAUAUUUUUGCUUUCAAACACCUAUGAUGUUUUGGUCUUCUAUUAUAAGCUCUGUGCUGGACAUUUGUAAAUGUGGUUAGUUUCAGUCUAAAAUGAGAAUAUAUUGAUCACUCGAUGCAAAAUGUAAUUGUUUUUAUCAAAAGUAAGUCCAAGUCUUUUGUUGUCUGAAAUUUCAUUGCGCCAGGUUCAAUGAUACAGAACUAGUUGUAUUAUAGGAUCAACCACAUUGUGUGUAAAUGCCUGACAAAGCCAUGGUCGUGAAGUGCACAAUACUGAACCGUGAGUGUUCAAUAUACUUUAUAAGUAGAGGAAUACUAUAACACCAAAAAGUUGUGCUAAAUUUACAUACAACUGUGUGAACCCACUGUGACUACAGUGAUUUCUAAAGGAUGUGGUAGGAGAGGUGAAACAGAGGGUACAAUAGACCCUGAAGAAAGAUGUCUACAAUUUUUUUUUCCCCCCGGCCCUGUCCAAGGUUGGUGAAAAUGUAGAUAAUUGAUGAUUUAAAAGGAAAUUGUAUCACCACCAAAAGGAAAUGAAUGAUUAGGAUUAAGUGGUGGAUAGAUUGCUGAAGUGGUAUACUGGAUUGCCCUGCACAGACUUGUAGGAGAUCCAACAAGCCAAAUGGCCUCCUUUUGCGCUGAAAACUAUUGUGACUGUAUAGAAAAAGGUUGUUGGAAUGUUUACCUUUAUCUCAAGGAGGCUCAGAUACAUUGAGGUGGAAAUUAUGCUACUGAUUGUAUAAAUGUGUGAUUAAUCAGCACCUGAAGUACUAAUUUCAGUUCUGGACACCACAUCUCAUGAAUGAUACAUUGCUUUUGGAUGAAGUACACUGCAAAUUUGCCAGAAUAAUUGAAGUGCUGAAAGAUUUCAUGUAUAAGAACAGGUUCGAGGUCAGAAUUGUAUUCCUUUCAUAAUAGAUGAUGAAGAGGUGAACCGUCCAAUAUGUCUUGAGUUGACUAAACGAUUUAUUUUGCAGGUAGAUGGGCAGACACAAAACUUAUUUCAAAAAUGUACUUCAUUCAUAAAAAUAUCUUUAUAUAUGUACAUAGUCACUGAAGCGGUUUGGUUCUGUACAGUAGCAUAUGAAGAAACAAGCAAUGGAGUUAGACUCUAUCCAAACAACCCAAAGGCGGUUUUUUUUCUUGUACAAGACUGUAUUUAUAUAUAUUUGAGACACUGGCAAUGGGCCAAUAACUGAACGCACCCCCAUUUGAACUACUUACUCUAGCAGAAGAGACUAGAACAAGGGGACAUAUAACUAAAUUAGCCUUCAUCCAGUUAGGUAUCAGAAAGCACUUUUUACAAGGGAUUGUGGAAAUUUGGAUCGGUUCUCCCCUGAAAAAUAUCCUGUAAAAGCAAGAUCAAUUGGCUUCAAAGCUGAGAACUGGUAUCGUCUUACUUAAAAAUGAUAAGUCACCAAGGCAGAUAAAUAGCUGUAAAUCAGUUAUGGCCCAGUGGGAUGGCAAAACAGGCUUGAUGGAUUAACUGACCUCCUCCAGUUCAUUUGGUUCCAGUAUAGAAAUUAUAAACUUAGGUUUCUAUCAGUCUGGACGAUUUUCAAUAAAUGGUGUGAUGAACAUCACCUCAUCCAUGGACAAAACAUCCUGUAGUCAGACAGUGUUGUCCACAACUCAGUUGUACUUGCUGAGUUUACAACAUUGAGUUUGAUGUGAAAUUGGAAUGCUCAUGGGCCAUGCAGUGUCAGAUUGUACGGAAUUUUCACCAAGGGUUUGUUACACCUAAAUGUGAAUGUGCUGUUCUGCAAAGAUUAAUAAUUUAAUGAUUGUGUUGAAAGUUGGAUCAACAUGAAAUUGUGUAAAAAUAAGCACAUCCCAAGAUCUGCGGCUGUUAAUAUAGCUGGAGUAUAAGAGUACGGAGUGGGGAAGUCUUACUGCAACUGUACAUGUUUGCGAACAAUUUUGCUCUCCUUAUUUAAGAACAGAUACAAUUACAUCAGAAACAGUUCAGGGAAGGUUCACUAGGAUGAUCCCUGGUAUGGAGGGAUUGUCUUCUGCACAAAGACUAAACACAUUGGGACUUAGACACAUUGGAAUUUAGAAGAAUGAGAAGUGACCACUGAAACAUAUAUCAGAUUCUUAAGGGUUUGACAGGUUAAAUACUGAGAAGAUGUCUCCUCUCAUGAGAAAGUCUAGGACCAGUGGGCAUAGUCUCAGAAUUAAAGGACACCAAUUUAAGACUGAGAUAGGAGAAAUUUCUUCACUCGGAGUGUUAUGAGUCUUUGGAACUCCUUGCCACAGAGAACUAUGGGGACAGAGUCAUUUUAUAUAUUUAAGGCUGAGCUGGAUUCUUGAUAGUGGAAUCAAAGGUUUUGAGGAAAGGGCAGGAAAGUGGACCUGAGGAGUGUCGGAUCAGCCAUGAUCUUAUUAAAUGGUGGAGUAGGUUUGAGGGGUUGAAUAGCCUACACAUGUUCCUAUUUCGCCUGGUUUUGUGUUUUAAUAGAAAUGAAUAAUUGAUCAAUCUGUGCAACAUUACGUAGAAAUGAACCAUUAUUGUACUGUACUUUGCUUAUUUGAGUUUCAGCUAAUCGGCUGCAGUACAUUUGUGUCCACUACUUUAUGUGCACAAACAAUUCCUGAGACAACUGCUUGAGGAUAAGACAUAAGUAUAACCUAACUUGUAGUGAGCACAAUAUUGGCACAGACCCUGACCUGAAGAAGGUUAAUAAAUUAUCAGAUCUAAAUGUCAACAAAUCAGAUGCUAGUUGAGUACAUUAGUACUUCACUAAAGUUUAAUCAAGUAAUUGUUGUUUGUGUGUAGACGGUGUGUAUAAGCAAAGAAAAACAAGUACUUUUUAUUGAUACUGCUGUUAUAACUUUCUAGUGUUGUGACUUGUCAUUUUAACUUUUAUUUUUAGCAGCUUGAGAUUUACCAUCUUGUGCAGCAUAUAAUGGAUGCCUGUAAUUGUACUGUUACAUUUUUUCUAUGUUAAAAUAAUUCUGUGUAAAAUAUCUGGCUUGUCAUCAACAUUGCCUGCAGAUGUCAAUCCAUAGAUCUGACAUAAAUGUCUAAGAUUGCCAGAUCUUAUAUUACCCUCUUUUUUUGUAAAAGUCCCUAACAGUACACAAUCUAUUCAACUAUAGAACAAAAGUGACUCACUAUGCCAAAGAGGCUAACUAGUUUCUUUAAUGCACCUCAGCACGAGUAGUUUAAAAAAUGUAAAGUGCUAAUAAAUUUGAAA